GGUAUUUGGAUCAUGUCGUCGUCGUCAUGCACAAACGACGCUCUACUCGUCAGUCAGUCGCUUGCCGAUUGUGAGAGAAGUACGGAUCUUUUGUCAUGUCGGAAGUAUUCAAGCUCGGUGAUCUUGUGUGGGCGAAGAUGAAAGGAUUUUCGCCUUGGCCUGGUCGGGUGUCUAAUCCUUCAAAGGACUUAAAAAAACCAACAUAUACUAAGAAGGGGCCAGUUCAAUGUAUUUUCUUCUUCGGAACUAAUAAUUACGCAUGGAUUGAAGAGUCUAAUAUAAAACCAUAUCUAGAAUACAAAGAUACUCUUGUAAAAUCUAGUAAAUCUGCUGCAUUUAAAGAUGCUGUAGAAGCAAUAGAAGAAUUUAUUGCUAAUGGAGAGGUAUUUGAAGAUGGCUUAGAUCCAGAUUCCUUGUUUGACAGAUUGAAGGAAGGAAGUAUAUCUGAGAAGAAAAAUAUAGUAAAACCAUCUAAACCUCGUAAGGAAACACCAAAAACCAAAAGAUUGGAUUCUAGUGCAAGCGAUACUCGUCGUCCAGCCAAAAAACAACGGAGUGAAUCAAGUACAAGCAAUAGUAAUAGGGUUGGCAGCAUUAGCCCAACAUUGAAUCAUUCAACCCCUCUGAGAAAAUCGGGAUCCACUCUCCUUAAUAGGCCAGCAAAUAUCGCUAGACCUGUAACACCUCCUUUGGACGUGGAAACAUUGUCGCAAACACUUAAAGAAAAAAAUAUCCUUCCUUCAAUCUUGAAAUUUGGCUUUCUUGGUUUGGGAAUCAUGGGAAGCGGAAUCGUAAAAAAUCUAAUCAACAGUGGACACAGCGUGAUUGUAUGGAAUCGGACACAGGAAAAGUGUGCAGAUUUUGUGAAAGCUGGAGCAGAGCAGGGCUUAACACCAUCCGACGUGGUGCUCGCUGCUGACAUUACAUUCUCCUGCGUGGCUGAUCCUCAAGCUGCCAAAGACAUGGUGUUUGGAAACUGUGGAGUCCUUACGGAAAUAUCUCCGGAAAAAGGAUACGUGGAGAUGACUGGCAUAGAUGCAGAAACGUCACAAGAUAUUGCUGAGGCAAUAACAGCAAAAGGUGGCCGUUAUUUGGAGGCCCAAGUACAGGGUAGCAAAACACAGGCGCAAGAGGGUACUUUAGUUAUUCUCGCGGCCGGCGAUCGAACUCUAUUCGAUGAAUGCCAAUCUUGCUUUGAAGCAAUGGGGAAAAACAGUUUUUACCUUGGCGAGGUAGGAAAUGCUUCCAAAAUGAAUCUCGUGCUUCAACUGAUGGCAGGUGUUACUCUUGCUGGUUUGGCCGAGAGUAUGGCUCUAGCAGAUCGAGCUGGUCUUCAGCAAAAGGAUGUUCUUGAGGUUUUGGAAUUAACAUCGUUGGCAUGCCCUGCUAUUCUUGACAAAGGAAAAGCGAUUAUCGAAGGUGGUUUCCCGACACAGUUACCACUUCAACAUAUGCAAAAAGACUUAAGACUUUCUUUAGGUAUGAGCGAUCAAUUAGAACAGCCAUUACCACUAGCUGCAGCAGCGAACGAAGUUUACAAACAUGCUAAACGCCUUGGUUAUGGAGAACACGAUGCCUCCGCUGUUUACAUCAGAGCCAGGUUCUAACGGAGCAUGCGUUUUGCUAUAUCAUAUUUAUUGCAAUAUCUAACGUUGUUUUACGUCGCUACCGGAGAAGAGUAGUACGCUAUUUGUGCAAGUAGUAACAAAUUACUAUGAAUCGUUGAAAAAAAUACCUCUUGGUAUUUCUUAGCAUGUUGAGACAUAAUAAGUUUGUUUCUUAAGCAGAUGCAAUCAAAUCUAAUAGAUUCGAAUGCAUAUUAAUAGCGAUGAAGUUGAUACACAUAGGCCUCGUUGUUUGUUCAAUAUUAAAUAUGUAAACUAUAAAUAUGUAUGUAUCUUUUUUACGCUUUUUUUUCAAGAAAACUUUUUGCAAAAUGAUUUUCUUUUUGUUUUGUUUUAUUUUAAUGCAUAGCGACUACUUUUCUCGAUAACAGCGUCUUGUAUAGCCGAUCGCUCGAGUCGCUUCCCGACUUCGUUUCCAUUAAAUGUACUCCUCCCUACUUGAGAGACUUGGGACGUGUCGAAAAUGUGCCUUACAAUGCUAUUGGAAGCAAGGCUUUUUAAUUUCUUUUUUUUUUUUUUUUUUUCUUUGAUUAGAUUGCACGGUGAAUAUUGAAAAUUUUUUUUACGAUUGAAUUCAGUUUUUAUGCUGAUAAUUAACAGGAUAUGUUGUUGGAAAUAAAAAUAAAAGAAAAUAAUGAUACGCUUUAUUGGUGCAAUUUAAAAAGGUUAAAUUCACCGAGACAAGGUUUUCGAUUUUCUAGAAAAAUUUUAUGUGUUCGCUGAAUGAAACGAACAGAUGACAGAAAAAAAUGGCCAGCAUUUUUUAUCUGUUUUAUUUCACAUCUUUAUUUUAUUUUUAUGUUGAAAAAUAAAAUUUAUGUUUUAAUUGCAUAUGCUUAUAAUGAUAUAUUAUGAAAAUUAUUUGUAAAUAUUUACUCUUAUAAAAUACAAGUUCUGUAGAGAAUAAAGGGAAACUUGUUGGCCAAUUUUCGUCAUCGAAUUAAACGUCCUGGGAAACUACUGAUAUAUAUCGUCAGAAAUUUCAGUUUCAUCUAAAAAGAAUUAAAAAUUUUUUUUAUUAUUUGCACUUGGUGCGGUUGUUCUUAUCGACGUGGCUCAUCAAGGAUUAAGCCGAAAAUAAUACAAGAUCAUUCUAUCUUAGCAUUAUUAAGAAUAUGAAAAUAUGUGAAACACCGCUGUAUUGAGUAUAUACAUUAUAAUAUAUAUAUACAUAUACAUAUAAAAGAGGCUCUUCUCGGACAUAACGAGUGUCCCUUUAAUCAUUAAUUCUAAGAUUAAAUUGAUGUAAUUAGAUUCGCAAUUAAAUGUUAGUAAUAAUGUAGGAUGUGAUACAUGUUUACCAUUUGAAUGAAUUACAAUAUACGUAAUAUCUUUUUAUCCGUGAUUAUCGAAAAUCACAUUAAGUAACCACGAGUAUACAUCGUAUGUUGCUUUAAUUUUCAUACAAUGUUUUUGUUUCAUGUAACGUGAAAAUAAAUUAACCGCUUCUGACAUAAAGAUUUUUCCAUUAUUACAUGGUUUUUUUUCUUUUUUUUACUAACUCUCAAUUGAUGGUGUCACACGUGUUUAAAGAACAUUGACGUUUCGAAGCGGUUCUUUAAACAAUUUGCAUAAUAACAUACUCUCGUAUUCUCUUUCUUGUGCACUUAGUUAAGAUCGUUUUACAAAAAAAAAAAAGAAAAAAAAAAGAAAAAAAGAAAAAAAAGAAAUCGUUUCGACGAGGAAGUUUGAUGAGUGCGCUUCCGUUUCCCAGGGCGGUCGUGCGAGUCUCACAAGUGACAUGUGACGAAGUCGAGGACGACCGAAAGAUUGCCAAUUUGUUUUAGAGCCAAUCAUACGAGUUUGACUUUGCUAGUAACGAGAAAUCGUCAAGUUUCUCUUUCUUGUGGUAACAGGUGAGAAAAUAGUUCUACUUGCAAACUUUCUCCUGUCUGAAGAUUCGUAAAUAUUUUUCUAGAAGUAGCAUAAAGUUAAAUGUUGAAACAACCAUACGGCAAACUAUAUUAAUUUCAACACGAUAAAUCGAUAUAAGUGAUUUAAAAAUUUAUCGCACGAUUUCUUUUAUAAAUUAGAAAGGGGAACAAACUCCUAUCAUUGGCUUAUUCAUAAAAACGAAGUUUUGGGUGCGUGGGAUAUUACGUACCCCAUAGCUAACUAGCUAAGCACCCAUAUCACAUACUGUAUAUGUAAUUAGACUAUCGAUAGUUCUAAUAUUACAAUCAUAUGUUGUAUACGUAGUGUCAUUUGAAUUUUUUCCUCGAUAAUAUGAAUAGUGGUAAUGAACGUGCGAUGCACAAAAAAUAUAUGAAAUUGUACGUACUAUUUAUAGUAAUAUAUACAUGAGAUAAUGUUCAUAGAGAUUAAGAAAUUCAAUAAAAUAUUGAUUUCUUUGUUUAUUUUGUUUUAUUUUGGUAUAUGAGUUAUAAAUUAUAUGAUUAUUUAUCUGAUACCAAGUGUAUUAAAUGUUAUAAUGAUUUUAAUUCUAGAACCACUUGGUAUCGAAUUAUUUGUUUCAAAAUGAUUUCACGCGUGUUUCGUAUAUAUAUGUCAUAUAUUUCUAUGUUGAAAUUCAUUCGAAAAAUUCAUUCAUUUUUACACGUAUAUUUGAGUUUUGGAAAAAUCCAAUGAUACUACCUAUACAAGUAUGAGAUGAAUUAAAAAUAAUGGAUAAAUAGAAAAAAAAUAUUAAAUAUUCUAUAAGCAAACAUAAAAAAAAAUAUAUAUAUAUAUAUAUAUAUAUAUACAUAUAGCUAGUAAAAAGUAUAAAUCACAGAGAGGGAGGAAUUUGUAUGAGUGCGAAUAUGGGUGAGUGAGAACACGUCAAAAGUAUUACGUCAAUAACUGAUGUUAUAUGUUUUGCCACAAAAUACACUGGUUUUUGAAUAAAUAUCUAUUUGAAUUA